GGUGGUUAGAAGCUUGUUGAUGUGUUUUAUAGUUUUAUCAUGAAUGCAUCUUUUUGUUUAUUACCAGUUUUGGUCGGCAAAAGCAGCAUUGAAUCUUUUUUAGCCUCAUAGUUUCUAUCAUGUAAUGGGAGACACUAGAAUCCAAUUCUUGAUUUUUUUGGAGAGAAAAAUCUCAUUAUUAGUUAUUCCAGAGAAGAAGAACAUUUUUUAUUAGUUAUCAUAUGAAAAUCUAGAACUUGCAUCAAGUCUAUUUUCUUCUUAAUAGCAGUUGUAGCAUGUGGGAACAUUUUCAAAAUCUAAAAUCUACCUAGAAAUUAUGCUUGAUUGAAGCUAAAUGAGAUAUUGAUAAAGGGAUCCUAGAAUUAACCCAACAUACAUGAUGUAUUUAUUGACCAGAAAAGACAUUUGUGUAAUUGUAUAGACAUUUCCACAUACAUUUCCUGUAAAAAUGCCUAUAGUUUGCUUGAGUUUUCAAAUUCCUCAAGUUGCCUUCUUUGUGGGAUUGGGGAAUCAGCUUUGCCACUACGUCAGGAGUACAAUGCAACUGACAAUCCCUUAGAAGAGAAUAAAAAUAUCAACUCCUGUGGUCAUGGGUCAGAGGCAAUCAGCUUGCUCUGAGCUUCAAUCGGCUGCAAAUAUUCCUAACAUCUCAGUAAAUAAUGAAGAGGAUGACUCUGAAUUGUCAAUACUACAACUUGAUUCAGAAUUCUCAACAACUCAAGCACAAGCAUCAGAAGAUCCAGGAGUGGAAGCAAGAUGAUCUAUGAUACUACCAUUUCGACAUGGAAAGCUUGUGCUUGGAACUUGGAAGGUAAUUAAUCUGCUUGUUGGAACCUUGAUUUUUAUGUUAUGUUUCCUCCCAAUUUGCCAAAAAGUCAUUUUCAGUUCAUAUUCUAUCUGAGAAAGUAGUAGAUCGGACUGGACCCUAGUGAAAAGCCCGUUCCACUUAUAUUUUGGGCUGCGAUUACAGACAUUCCUAGGAAGGAAGAUUCAAAAUCAAGAAAUUUUUGGUUGAAGUCUUGAAACCUGUACUAGGGCUCAUUCAGCCAGGCUUAGCUCAGGCCGCCUCCUGGCAUUUCUCUUGGUCACUAAGUAAUAGUAUUAUCUUGGUCCCGAUAUUUUACCCAAGUCAAACACAAUGAUGAAAUUUCCAUGAGGCAUUCAAAGAGACUGCAUUUUAGAAUAUAUCAAACCAAAUGAAUACAAAGCUCAUUAGGUGAACUGUUCUCUUCCGUUCCUGAAUAGACCUAUUCAAAAAAUUUGGUUAAGGGAAUCAUAAACCUAUUAAAAAAGCCAUAUCCUUGUCAUCACAACAUACAAAAGAAAGCAUAUGAACUCUGCGGAUGCCAGGACUCCUUCCUUGUGAAUGCCUGAUAGUGAUAGAAAUCGAAUCGAUUCGAUUUAUUUCAAUGUCAUUGCACUUGUCACGACGUGACGCCAUCUCAAUAUCAAUCCAAAAUUUGACAUUUCUUAGCAAUGAAAUGGUUGCUCUGCCCAAAUAGUGGUGCAGCUUUACCUGAAGUGCAAUCUGACUGACCUCUCUCUUUCUGUUCACAUUAAUGGUCCCUGGUGACAAGAAAACGCUUUACGUAUGUGACUUCAAUGUGCUGCCACUUGAUCUGUGACACCCUUUAUUUUCAUUUUUCAUUUUGGGCGGAGGGAAAAUGGUCAAUUCAUUAAACACCCAUAGGGAGUUGAGAUUUGAGAUCUUACAGUUUGCACGGUUAUUAAUGACAG